AUGAGGACCCUCUUCAGAGUUUUCUCUUCUUCAAUUAUUGAUUUUGCCAGAAAACAGAUGUCCCUAUAUAGAAGGAUGGCCAGGCUCCUGCGGAGGUUCAGGAGGAAAGCUCUGCAGGUGCCCCCAGAGCCUUCGGGAAGGAGCGGCCAUCUUCCCAAGGGGCAGAGCCACCUUUCCAUCCCCGCUGGCGGGGAAGCAGCUCCCAUCCAGGCCAGAAGGCGGAAGUUCCCAGCCUUCUGGAGAACAAAGCCAGCUCCCGGCGCAGGCGCCGACCUGGGAGAGGCCCCGACCAAGCCCAGGUGGAGCUGGUUCAGGAUGAGGAUUUGUGGACAGGACCCAGCCCAGGAGGGGCGCCGGGCAGGGAGGCUCUGGGGCCUGUUAUGUGGGCAGCAGCGGACGCAGGAGCCCAGCCCUCAUUCCCAGCAGGGGGCAUCGCCCUGCCCGGGCUCUGAGGAAAUUUCAGCCCCCUCAGACCAGGAGGUGGAAGAUCCCAGCACCAGCACCAUCAGAUCAGCAUGGGACAGCAGCAGACAGAGGCAGGACACGCUGGAGCCGCGCUGCUGCAAGGCGGCUGUGGUGGAGAGGAUUGUGGUGAGUGAGAAUCCGUCAUCCGGCAGCUGGAGGGGGGAGAGAGACAGAGACGUGGGAUUGGCCGGGGUAUGGCCGGGCUAA